AUGUAUAUCAUCUAUCCGAUCCACCACACAUUUAAUAUAGAACAAGAGAUGAGGCUUCUUAUGACUGUACAGGUUUCAUGGCUGAGAUCAUCACAAACAGUCUAUAGUCUAUUUCUGAAGCAAGUGAAGUUCACAAAUCCGCUAGACGUACACAGACCCUCGAGUUCUGCCUCGCUUAAAAAUAAACGACUGCCUGACACUUGGGCACAUAGCGGAAUAUAUGAAACGGGACCGUCUACUAUGUACGUUGUGGCAACAAAUAUCCCUCCAGGUUUCAAAACACGGCUUAUUUCUGCAACCUAUUAA